AUGAAGUUUGAGGAGUCGAAUCUGCUUGGAUGGUCGUUCAAGAGGUUUAUAGACAUAGUCUCCGUCACACUUCAGGACUCAGCCGCACCUGUACAAGGGCUUCCCGUUUACACAGCCGAUCGAGGGUGGUCUCUGUUCCACAGUUUCCAAAUUGGGAGCAAACACAGCCUGUUCAUCAAUAUGUACUCCCAGCUCAACGUCCUACGUCGAGAGAUCCGACUUCUUCAUCUACACCUUGGUCUCUGGGACGACGGCAUUAACGCCUACCUGGAAACUGUAUCAUUUGACGACUAUCCCAACUAUAAAGCUCUCUCAUAUGUUUGGGGCGAUGCCAGUCAGAUAUUGUCGAUUACCGUUGAUGGUGAAGCACCCUCUUUGACACUGAGUCUGUAUACCGCAUUACGAAGAUUGCGUACUCCAGAAAGCAAACUCGUACUAUGGGCCGACGCUGUGUGUAUCAACCAGUCAGACCCUGAUGAAAGGUCUCAGCAAGUGAGAUUCAUGGGGGAAAUCUACAGUCGUGCCGAAGAAGUCGUAAUAUGCCUAGGCUACAGCGGUCAAUGGGGUGCUCUCAAGGAGCAGCUUCAGACGUACCAAUGGACAGAAAAUAACACUGAUAUGGAACUGGUCAAUGCGUAUUUCGAGGAAAGUCAUUCUACAGAGACGGAAGAGGACGAAGAGGACGAAGAUACAGAAGAUGUUUUAGGACUUUUUGUAUACCUCAAGUUGCGUUCCAUAGGAAAGCAUCUCCACGAGAUACUAUUCUUCAGCGUUGAUAAAGGCAAAUUGAACGCCCGAAAUAAUUGGCAGUCGACUCUUCGUGCGAUGAGUACUUUGGCAUCCAACCCUUGGUGGACACGGACGUGGGUUGUACAAGAGACCGUGCUCGCUCGCAAAGCCACUGUUGCAUACCAUAACAUGACAGCCCCAUGGAGUAUGCUCGCAAAUGCAAGUAGUGAGUCAAUAGUUCACCACAGCUCGUGUUGCCAGGACUUACUCAACACCCGACAUCCAAGAGAAGAACGGAUCCUCACUAAUCUACAAAGACUCGUGUAUGACGAUGUGGAGUUGCUGCGAUCUACUCGGGCACAAGGCCGAAGUCUCUCCUUGAAACAACUCAUGAGUCUUACCGCACUACGAGAUGCGACCGAUGUCCGUGACAAAAUAUAUGGUCUUCUUGGACUGGUCACAGAUUGGCGCGGGAUACCCGCAUUAAUCCCUGAUUACAAUCUUCCUCCGAAAGAAGUCUUUGCACAAGCCAUCUUCCACCAUAUCCAGAGGACACUUUCACUGCAGAUUCUGAUGGGCACAACCCCGUCUGGGAUACCCGAUUUACCUUCCUGGGUGACUGCCCGAGGACGAUCCCGACAUCUCAAUCUGGCAGAGGGUGCUAGAGCUACACGAUCCUCAUUGUUCUCUGCGGCAGGAAGUACCGUGGCGAACGUCGCGAGAACAGGCAAAAUCCUGAGAGAGGAUAACCAUAGUUGGGAAAGCAUUUCCGCGGUCGCGGAAGCAUGGUUCAAAAUGGCCAGGCCUGAGAACAUUCGGUAUGGCACAGAGCCGGCUUGGAAAGAGGCGUUUUGGAGAACAGUCAUCAACGAUAGUUGGGAGUGGGACGGUCCCACAUCGACCACCGACGCAAACCAACUCAGCACUAUUGGUGGUAUGUCCAAGGUCUUCCGGCGAUUCGGCGACACUUCCAUCACGAGUCUGGCGGGCGACUUUUGGAAAUUGCUCCUCAUUCAGCUGCCUGGCAGCGUCUGGAACGACAUCAUUCACUUUGAAAAUGGAAUUGACAAUAAAGUUGCACUCUUCUGUCAGUCUUUUCUCGUAUCGACAACUCUUCGUAGGCUUUUCUUCACUACUGAUGGCUACCUUGGGUUGGGUCCGCCAAACACACUACCUGGGGAUCAUAUUGCCAUACUUUGUGGGGGCCACGUACCGUUUUGCAUUCGAGCUAUAGAAGAUACACCCAGUAAUCACUACACGCUUGUGGGAUACACAUAUGUGCAUGGCAUAAUGGAUGGAGAAGACGCUCCAUCCGACUGGAAAGAGAAUGUGGUUCAGAUACAUCUUCAUUGA